UCAGUUAGUAUUUGUCUACACAUCACUUUGAAGUUUUGUCCACAUAGAAAUAUAUUUUGGAUGAAAAUAUUUCUGUCAACAUUAAUCGUGUCGUGUUUGUAAAAAAUAUUUGAAUCUUAAAGUGUAAUCAAACUGUUGCAAGAAGUCAUACAAAGUAUACCAUUCAAUCGUGAUUUUCUCGAAUUUAUUUUUAAAUGGCAGCACGUCUCAGUUCUAUUAGAUGUAGUUGGCUCAGUCGUCAUUUGAGCCGGUCGUCGUCACAAUCAGUGUUCAAUAGUCCGUGUAUUAUUUCAUAUAACUCUUUAAGAAACAUGUCAGCUAUUAAAUCUUCUAAAUGUCUUGAGCUCGACAACAUUAAUCCAUGUAUCAAAACAAUGGAGUAUGCUGUGAGAGGUCCUCUUGUUAUCCGUGCUGUUGCCAUCGAGAAAGAACUUGAACAGGGAGUAAAGAAGCCUUUCAAUGAGGUCAUUCGUGCUAAUAUUGGUGACUGUCAUGCAAUGGGUCAAGUUCCAAUCACAUUCAUUCGCCAAGUACUUGGACUUUGUGUGUACGAAAAAUUGUUUGAUGAUCCAACAAUUCCAUCGGAUGCUAAGGAAAGAGCUCGCGAUAUUUUGAGUGGAUGUAAAGGAUCAAGCUUGGGAUCAUAUUCAGAUUCAGCUGGAAUUGAAAUCAUCAGACAUCAUUGCGCUGAAUAUAUUCAAAGACGCGAUGGAAUUCCAUCAGAUUGGCAAAAUAUUAUUUUGUCAUCAGGAGCUUCGGGAAGUAUUAAAGCAAUCCUUGCACUUCUUCGCUGCCCUGUUAAUGGUAAACGUCCAGGUGUGAUGGUUCCUAUUCCUCAAUACCCGCUUUAUUCCGCGACAAUUGCUGAAUUUGAUAUGGAACAAGUCGGCUAUUAUCUGGACGAGUCAAAGAAUUGGGGAUUAGACAUAAAAGAAUUGCAAAGAUCAGUUGAUGAAGCAAGGAAAAUUUCAGCAGUUCGUGCCAUUGUCGUCAUCAAUCCUGGAAAUCCAACAGGUCAAGUUUUAUCACGCGAGAACAUCGAAGAGAUCAUCAAGUUUGCUUACAAAGAAAAUCUCUUCAUUUUUGCUGACGAAGUUUAUCAAGACAAUAUUUAUGCGGCUGGCUCUAAAUUUUAUUCGUUUAAGAAAGUUCUCACCGAAAUGGGCGAACCUUACAGUAAGAUGGACAUGGCAAGCUUCAUGAGCUGCUCGAAAGGUUACAUGGGUGAAUGUGGGAUUCGUGGCGGAUAUGCUGAAGUCAUUAAUAUGUGCCCUGAAGUCAAAGCUGCAUUACUCAAAUCAAUUUCUGCUCAAUUAUGUCCAACAACAAUUGGCCAAGCUUGUAUUGACGUUGUUGUGAAUCCACCAAAACCAGGUGAACCUUCAUACGAAUUAUUUAUGAAGGAGAAGAAUGGAGUGCUACAAUCACUGAAAGAACGAGCUGAAAUGGUGGCAAAAACAUUCAAUUCCUUUGAGGGAUUCUCGUGCAAUCCCGUUCAAGGUGCUAUGUACGCUUUCCCCCAGUUUAAACUUCCACAGAAAGCAAUUGAUGCUGCAAAGAAAGCUGGGCAAACUCCUGACUCUUUCUAUGCUUUCCAAUUGUUGGAGAACACUGGAAUCUGUAUUGUACCUGGAUCUGGUUUUGGUCAAAGACCAGGCACAUAUCACUUCAGAACCACAAUUCUUCCACAACCAGAGAAACUUAAAGAGAUGCUCGCUUUAUUCCAGGAAUUUCACGUUAAAUUCCUCGCUCAAUAUAAGUAAUUAUUUAAUUUGAGCAUAUUUUAACAUCAAAAUUAUUCAAAUGACGUAAAAGACUCAAAAAAACAUUUUACAUAGUUCAACCCAACGCAAUUAAUGUUUUUGUUGAAACACGACGACUUACAGCUAAUCAAAAUUCAAAAUUUUUAUUUCUGUCACUUUUCUUCAAUUUAAAACUUCUAUUUUUGGAGCAUAUAAAUUACAAUGAUUGUUAAAUUAAUAUUUGAUCGACGAUUUUACUUAAUGUGACUGUAAAAUGUAAAUUGUGAUCGAAUUAUAUUUCGGAUUGAUAAUUGUUAUUCUAUCACAUAAUGUGAGCGUAGAAAAUGUUAAAUAAUUCGAUAUUAUACACAAACGAUUAUUAAAAAUAUUAUCUAGAAGAUUAAAACGAAGAAGAUAUCCAGUGAAGCUUCUUAAAUGGAAGUUUGAAGGAUUUUUGUGAAAGCUUUUACGUCACAUUUUAGAAGCUUCACUUUAGAUAACAAUAUCAAUGUUUUAAAUGAAUAUUUGAAGUCCUUUAAAGGAUUUCGAUUGUAACAGUCUUUAUGAUUAUCGAAAAUCCGCAACAUUGUUGUUGAAAACUAAUAAAAAAGUUCUCUUCAUUUAUUUUUGUUUGACAUAUUUUGUUUUCUUUUUGUUCCUCAACCUUCCACUUUCUUUUUAGUUUCUUUUCCAUUUCCCACAAUGAUUUUUUUAUUCUUUAACAACAUAAACAUGUUGAUUGUUAAACAGCAAUGAUUUCAUAAUUAUGUCAAAUUAUUUAUUUGUCGACCACAUUACUAGGACAAUAAAUUUUUGUGGGAGUUAUUUACGGUAAUGUAACCACUUACAUUGGUGCUUAAAAUAAAUUGGCAUUUACUUGAAAAUAUAAAGAAAAAUAAAACGGAAAUUUUAAGGAAACAAGAAACACUUUUAAAAUGAAUUUUCAGUGAGUUGCAGAAAUGGAG